AUGUCUCGCGCCCACCAGCUGCUGCUGAAGAAACUGUGCCACAAAGACGAGACGCUCGAACGCGCGAAGGCGAUCCUGAACACAGCCAGCAUCAAGACCGCCCCCGGGUCCGGGUACGAGCUCGGCCAGGGCUCGGGCGGACUGUCCGCCAUAUGCGCGUACAUCGCCGCGGAGGAGCUCGGGGACACCGACGUGACGGAGCAGAUCGCCCAGGCCGCGUCGUGCCUGAAGCCGAAGCUCUUCAAGACCGCGCUGAACACCGUCAAGGGCGCGCUGUCCGCCGCCGCAAAGGCGAAAGCGACGGCUGCGGCUGCGUCGCCCUCGAAGGCGGCGCGGACGGUCACGUACAACGCGCUGCUUGGGGAGAAGAAGAUCGGGCGGAAGGGCAUGGUGCUGGGGUGGAUGCAGGACGCGGAGCGUGCGCUCAUGGCGAACCGCGAGGCGCGCCGGCGGUUUACGAGCUAUGACGCGGUAACCGUUGCGGUGUUCUGCUGGACGUGCCAGCUUAUGGGGCUGGGCAAGAAGGCCGACCCGGAGACGCUGCUGGGCACCUAUGGGGUUCGUGGGGAUCAGUUCAACGACAUCACGGAGGCGUUGCAUGAGUUCUGCCAGGAGACCGCGAAGAAGAUCGAAGCGGACGUCGCCUCACUAAGAGCUACCAAGUCUCCCUCCAAACCCACCGCCUCGCCUUCGAAAGCUGCCGCGUCACCCACGAAGGCUCCGAAAGAGGCUAUACUUCCUCCAGCGCUGCCUCCCCCUACACCCUCGCGCAAUCCGGAGAAAAUGACUGCAAUCACACGGAGCCCUUCGAAAUCCGCUUUGCGCGCACCAAGCGCUGACCUUUCCCCGCGCAAGACGCCGUCACAUAAGCGCAAGGUCGUGUUCGACGGGCCGAUCGCGGAGGCGGACGAAGAAGAGUUCGACGCGCUCGCCACGCCGUCAAAGCGGCAAAAAUUCUCGUCACCAUUGAAGGAAGAGGCAUCUACUACGACUAGCACUCCACGCAAGUCUUCACGCCUUGCACAAAUAUCUACCGCCGACGAGCUGGACACCGCGCCGUCCUCCGCUCGCAAAACCCUGGAGCUGCUCCGGCAAGCGGGUCGGGGUACGACACCCGGAUCGGCUCCCUCGACACCUCGCAAGCCGCGCAUUGCCUCGCAGCCGUCGUCGGUGCACUCUGCGCGGUCUGGACGGUCGCAGACGAUGACGCCGUCGCGCCGGAAGCUGGGAACGAUACACGAAGACGAGGAGCGCAUGAGUCGGCGCAGGUACCGGCCGGCGUUUGCGGACACGCAGCAGUGGAUGCGGGCGGAUGCAAGGCUGGAGAGGACGCUGAAGCCGUGGGCGGAGCGGUGGCGGGAGCUGGUGGGGAGGUGUGGUGGCGAUGUGUGGGAGGCGGCGAGGACUGCGGGUGAGGAGAGGAGGGCUGCCGCUGUAGUCAACUGAAGACACUUUUCUAUGUGCUGUUCAGGAGGAUCUCUUAUACUGUACUUUAUUCUGGUUAUCUUGCGCCUGUUUUGUAGCAUUAUUUGUGUCGACCGAUCCACAGAACA